UGUGGGUGUUGACGUGUGUUGAGUGGGUUAGACCUGGAGCAGCUGGUAGUUGCACCAGAGUAUUUAAACACUGCGACAUUGGUGUUGCCGUCAUCACAGCCACAGGUAAAGCAUCGCCAUGGAAACCAUUAUUGUGACGCUCACAUUGCUCCUGUUCGUCGCAGGGAUCCAAGCUGACUGUACUGUAUCAUCAGCUAUAAGCAUAUCAGGAGCUGGGCAAGGCAGCUGUAGUGUUGAGCCGCAGACAGUAGCGGACAAUACAGAGGUGAAAAGCUGCGGCAUCACCUGUACUUGUCGUGGCCCGACCUUGACAUGUUGCUUUGAAAGCAGCUGCACGACUGUUGCCGCCUCAUGUUCAAGUAUCCAAGUCACUAAUGGAGCUCCCUCCUGUGAACUGAAGCGGAAACGCCGGGACCUCCUGGAGCAGCUCCUUCACCGUGCGAAGCGGGAGGAGGAAACGACGACAACGGAGGAUAGAAUAGUUAUAGACGGCACCACGUCUCCUCCUACUACAACAACCACAGCGGCUUCCCCGCCCGUUCGUAAAUAACCAGCAUCACUGUCCUGAUUACAAAUAAUGCUUAUAUUAAAUUAGUUAAUAACACUGCUAACACGUGGACGAGGCCUGACGUGUCAUUACGUACUAUUUACAUUGAAACCGUAUACUCAGAAAACCACUCUUACUGCACGGAAUUUUGUUGAAACGUCACAGUUUAAUAAAUUUGCUUCUCAAUGAGAA